AAGACGGAUUUUAUAGAUUCGUAGUAGAACAUAUUUCGGAUAUUUCAUCCGCAUGCGGCUAAAAUAAGAUAUUUUAACAUUUCUAGCAAUGUCUGCAGGUUGGAAGUUUGUUAAGAAGUUGAGGUCAUUGAAAGGCGGUGUACAGCUUUUGUCAGCAGCAGCUGUCACAGCAACAGUGACCAAUGCGGACAAGUCAAGGAGAAAAAAGAUAGGGAAAGAUGAAAUAUUCUUUCUGAGUAAAGAAGAUAAUGCAGUGCCAACAAAAGCAAAAAUUAUUAUGCAGGAAAUAGAAGAAAAUAGAGAUCCGGUCUUGAAGAAUGGAGAUGUGAACUGGGCCUGUGCGUGUAUUGAGAAGGAUGUAAUAGGACCUUGUAACGAAGAGUUUCGUAAAGUCAGACAAUUUAUCCAUGUGAAUGAUUUUAAUGAUGACAUUGACAAUCUUGAUGCAGUGCUGAGAGGAAAUUUUGACAACUUGCUGGAAGACUAUAUAGUUUGUACAAUGGAUCAUCCUGUCUACUAUGCCGACACAAUGUUGGACGAAGAAAAAGAACAAAUAAGGAAGAAUAAAGAAAAAGAGAAAGAAGAGGAGGAAAGAAGAAAAAAGGAAAGAGAAGCAAAUCAUAGGAAGUUUGGUAAAGAUGAGGUAGUGUUCUUAACAAAAGAAGAAAACAGUAUACCUAGUAAAGUGAUGAUACCAAAAGUAGAGGUGGAAGAAAAUAGAUUGCCAGUGUUACCGAAUGGAGAAAUAAACUGGGGUUGCACGUGUAUCGAAAAGGACGUAGUAGGGCCGUGUAACCUAGAAUUCCGUGAAUUUCGGUCAUUUGUAGCGAAACAUAGGAACGUUAAGGAUGACAGUGAUAUACCAAUGAUAGGAAGAGAAAUAAUAACUAAUUUUAUAGCAUGUGUACGUGCUAAUCCUGUGUUCUAUUCAUUCCUAUCUAAAAAUGAUGAUGAUAAUGAUAAAAUUGAUGGCAACGAUAAUGAUGAAAAUUCUCCGACAAAGUCAGACAUGUAAAGUUGAUUCAUACCUAUCAUCCAAAGAGUUUUAGAGAUAUUCUUCUACCUAUAGACAGAUUGUAACGUUGCAUGACCUUUCAUCUUUUGUAGUUACUGAAUAUUUGAGAAGCGUGCAGGUAAAGAUUUUUUGUUGCUCAAGAUCACGAGGAUGCGUAUUAGAAUUUUAAUAUGACAGAAACAAUGGCAAUAUGCCAAAUUUUCAGGUGUUAUCUUGUAUAUGUUUGUUUUUCCUAGAAAACUAAUUUUAGAUUGAUGAAUUAGAAUGGCAGAAUUAACUGAAAUGAUAUUUGAAAGGCAAUCAAUAUACAUUUUAAUGUUUAAUAACAACGAGGCCAAUUAAAACUUUCUAUAUUUAGUCAAGUAACAAAAGGAAUUUAAUAUUUGUAGAAAGUUUUAAGUUUCUUGUAAAACAUUGUAUUAUAUAUAAAUUUAAAGAUACUAAAUUCUAUAUUACAAUGCAAAUAAAUCAUUUGAGCCGCGCCACGACAAAACCUAAUGCGCAGUGUGAUCAGGAUCCAUGCUGUUCGCUAUCAGUUCCUCUAUGUGUUAUAGGGUUUGUAAGCGAACAGCAUGGGUCCUGAUCAGACUGCGCGGAUGCGCAGGCUGGUCUGGAUCCAUGCUGGUUGCAAACCCAUUAUGUUGGUUUUGUCGUGACGCGGCUCAAAUUUUGUUUAUUCUAAAUUUGCUAUCCAACAGUACUCUGAGAACUUUCAUAAAUAUUACUUUUUUGUUAUACUUCCCAUAUAAGAUAUUUUAAGGACUGUCUAAUUCAUUUUGUUAUAUUCGGAUAUCUUAUAUUAAGGUCAACCAAUUUGCGGAAAGAAUCAGGACAGAGGCAACAGCAUUGCUAUAAGCAGUUUAUCUUUAUAUGCAAUAUUGUUAUAAGUGGAGUUUACUGUAGCUGACAAAACUUAUUGAUAAAAUAAUGUUUAAUAUAAAAGUAUAGAAAUAUUCUUAUUUUUUUAUGUAAAGUAACAUUUUGGAAUUUGCUUAACAAGGCGCAUCAGCUGUUGUUUACAAUUUCUUUUUUUUUUAAUAAAACAUUUUGAUAUGAGUAGAUUUUUUUGACAGCAGUUAAUCAAUAUAUUUGUGAAAAUGUAAGAUUUAGAAAUGUUAGAAUGCUUUAGAAGAAUUAUGUGAUGAUAAAAUUAGACUUCAUAAGAUGUUUAUUAAAUAAAUUCAUAUAAUAUAUAAAAA